AUGUUGGAAGACAGGGUCGGCACUCUCGAAGCACGACUCAGCUCAGUAGAACCCAGCCAACUGCAGUACCUGGAGGACCUCAACGAUGAUGCUCCUCCACAAUCUAGGUUCGACAAUCAUCCUCGGACAACACGACCUCAGCAGACUACAACCUCCCCGCCUUCGAACAGCCUGACACUGGGCUUAGGCGUGCUAUCAUCCGUUGCAGCAGCCGAGCCCCAUUACUUUGGCUCCUCGUCUGGCCUCAGUCUUGCGCAUUUUGUUCAAACCGCCAUUGAUUCUGGGCCAAACAUAGGCUCACAAGUAGCGUUGCCGCUGCUCGCGGAUCGGCCAUUUUCCAAUCAUGCUCCAUCUUCACAGACGCUACCAGCGUCCCUCCCGACAGCAAAAUCUGGAUGUGUCUUCAUCAAAGCCUACUUCACGAGUGUACAUCCACUAUACCCUUUUCUUGACAGGAAAGCCGUCUGGGAAAUGCACGAACGCCACACUCGCGAACAUCAGACAAGAUCAGACGGCUCUCCUUUAGACCUAGCAGUGCUUCACCUCGUAUAUGCCAUCGGAUCUCGGUGUCUUGAGCUCCUGGGUUCUAGCAAGGUUUCAAGACACACGCCCCAAAGUCACUUUCUCGCCGCGUUAAGGUACGUUCCCGAAGAGAUAAAGUGGACCAGUCUACGCUCGAUUGAAAUCACCUUGCUUCUCGGUAUUCACUCCAUGAGAUCCCCUUCUGGCACUAGUGUCUGGCAUCUAUGUGGUCUUGCGCUGAGACAAUGUCUGGAGUUAGGAUUGCAUAAGCAAAGAGCCGUUCCCGAUCAUCAGCUGCUACAGGAUCAAAAACGCAAACGGCUUUUCUGGAGCACUUUGAUUUUCGAGAGGAAGACUGCACUAGUCCUUGGAAGGCCAUUUGCUGUCUCUGACAAGGAGAUCGAUGCCGAUUUGCCCUUGGAUGUGAACGACGGAGAAGACGAUGCUACAGCAUUGGCAGCGGCUAGACGACGACCCCCUGCUGCUGAUGACAAUCCUGCCGCCCCGCUGUCCAACAUGAGCCUUCACAGACAUCACAUUCAGCUAUACCGCAUCCAUACGAAAAUCCGCUUCACUCUGCACGCCCUGAAGCACUCGCAACAGCCGGAGAGGCUACGAGAGAAGAUUGCAUUGCGUUUUCGAGAGCUGGAAGGAUGGAGGGCUGGCGUCUUGGACCAGUACUCGAACACUCCGUUGGACUUGAACGUGGGAGUUGAUUCACUCCCUGCGAGUGAAGCCAAUGACUCGUCCGAUUCAGACGCCGAAAGGACGCAUCGAGCUCGACGAACUGUAGAAAUUGAAAAGACAGAACUGCUUCUUGAGUACAACAAGGCUCAGCGUUCCUUGUUCCAGCCACUUAUGACAGAGGGCCAGAGUCAUUACACCUUUGGAGCCUCGGAAUAUGCAGCAUGUGCUGAGGCGUCUGGCCAAAUCUGUCAGCUGUAUAGGCGCCUCCAUCGACUCUCUCCGACACCAUUCACGUUGAGAGACCUCCAUGCUGUAUUUGUCGCAGGCUUUACAUUGAUAUAUUGCAUUUGCAACAGGCCGUCGUUGUACAAUGCUCAGCACGCCGGAGAUAUUGGGGCAUGUUCAACAGUGUUGUACGUUAUCAGUGAGCAAUGGACCAGCGCCAAAAAGUAUCGAGACGCAUUCGAAAUCGUAUCCGAGAGGAUGAUAGAGAGGAAGCGGAACGUUGUUGAGGCUGGCCUUAUCCAAGGUAAAAACGCAGAGGUAGGCGACGGGAGUCAAAGCCGACGAAGCAGAGUCACAAAACCAGUCAUGGGUGGACGCGAUAGAUCUUCUGCGCGUCGCGGCGUUGGUCGUAUUUCCCAAGACUCAGAUACUCCGCGCAAUCAGCUAACUGGCAAUACUCCCUCCUCGACCACACCCUGCGAUGUCGGCGUUGACGAUCAUUCUGUCUUUGGCUCAUAUACAGAUCUCCAAGACAUCACCAAUUUAACGGAAGCAGACAAUGCUAAUGCAGAUUUUGAUCCUGGAACCCUCAAUGAGUUUUCCUUUGGCCUAGACCUUGAUUCUGACCUUGACGACAUUGGCGGCCUUCUGACGAAUGAAGGUCUGGAAUGGUUCACGGGUGCCGUGCUUUGA